GUAAGAACACAUAACACUUUUAAAUUUAAAUUUGGGGAACGAAUAUGGGUUGUGCUACAGCGACUAUUAAAUACACCACAUUUCUUUUCAAUGCUCUUUGUGCGCUCCUCGGUAUUGGAACCAUUGUAGUGAAUUGCUUGGCUUUGAACAACUACACCAAUGAGGGACGUAUGGUUUGCAUUUUCCUGAUUUCAUUGGGCUCCCUCGUUUUCAUAAUCUCUUUCUUUGGCUGCUGUGGUGCCAUUCGGGAAAGUAUAUGCUUGACUUGGUCGUAUGCUGUAUUUCUGAUCAUUUUGAUAACAGGCAAUGCAGUUCUUCACUUUGGUUACAUUUCACACAUCGACGGCGAAUCUAAGGCUCGCAAAGACAUUGACAAUGCUUGGAAUAAAACAUUGAACGGUACCGAUGAAAUGACUCACAUCCAAAACUUGUUUGCUUGCUGUGGAAAGUUCAAUUCGACCGAUUACACCAAUGCCAACUUAACUAUUCCCGAUAGUUGUUAUCCUGACAGAAGUGCAGGUAAUGCUUCAGUUAUAUAUUCGGAUGGUUGUUUGGAUAAGUUGAUUGCUUUCUAUGAAGCCGCCGAACACUGGAUAACCAUUUUCAGUUGGGCUACUCUAAGCGUAGAGGUUGUGGCUCUAGUUUCUGCUUGCAUAUUGGCCAUAACGUUCCGCAAUCAACAGCGCAGAUCUAGAUACUAG